AUGUCAGAUCUCUCACACUGUGAGUCAUGGUUUGAUACACUAUGGGUAUCGAAGUAUAAACAGGUCCAGGCACUAACGGACCAGGGAGAGACCAGAGUCCAUCAGCUGAACCUGCUGGGUAUCAUUCUUGGCUGGACCAACUCCCUGGGCAUGUGUGUCGUGGGGAACUUUCAGAAAACAACCCCCUUCUCCAUACACAUUGUUGGGGCGGUGAUGACCUUUGGUGUUGGAGCGCUGUACAUCUUGGUGCAGACCGGCGUGUCCUAUUGGAUGCAGCCGCAUGUUCACAGCAAAAGCAUGUUCUGGGUUCGCCUCAGUAUCGCAAUCAGGAGACACGUCAGCAUCAUCAGCAUGUUUGUGUCAUCCAUGAUCAUGUACAGCAAAUUGCCUGGGAUGGACUUGUCAAAGAAGCUACACUGGAUCCCAGGAGAAACGGGCUACACCGCUCAUCUUAUCAGCACCAUCUCUGAGUGCUCUCUGGCCUUCUCCUUUGUCUACUUCUUCUUCACCUACAUCAGGGACUUCCAAAAAAUCAACCUGAGAGCAGAGGCCACGCUUCAUAGUAGUCACCUGUAUGAGUCAACGCACUACAGUGUCAUCGAGCCUCUGAAUCCAGGAGAAGACUCCCCCCUGCUCGCCGGCAGCAUCUAGAGAAGAACAACACAACCAUUUCCCUGGCAACCGGACUGGAACUUAUGUGUAUGCUCCACAAUGGAGUGUUCCUGUUCAGAUGCUCUGAAGAGAGGGCCUGAGUUGGAUGAAUUGAGUUUGAAAAACAAAUUGGUUUCAUCUUUCUGCUGUGAGAUUCGGUCUAACAGGUGGAAUCUGGCCUGCUUUCUGCUAUGGCUUGAGCUCUAAGCUUCUAGCUUCUGAACUAAAAAAAGCCCUGUUCCAAUGUCAUAAAGUCUCCACUCUCUGAGUUAUAUGAAGAGAUCUAACACCAACACCCAAAUAAUGCUGAGAUUAUUUAUAUGUUAUGACAUGUCAUAUGUCAUACCAAAAGAUGUUCAGAUUAUUCAGAGAAAAAGCAUCAGAUUCUAACAUAAAUUAUGUCACACUUAAGAAUGGGGAACUGGUCAUGCAUUUGCAGUAUGAACACAAAUGAAGGAUUAUUUGUUGCUAUUAUUAUUAUUAUUUUUUUUUUUUUUUUUGUCUUCGCUGGUUCUUUCACACUUUUAAAUCUGUUGCAAACUGCAGGGGGCCCUAAAGCCAUACUGAUAUGUGUAAGGACUGGCAUUGCUAUGUUUACAAAGAGAUCUGGAAUGUAAUGAGUUGCAGAAGAGGACAUGUUGAAAGAAGCCUAAUGCCCGAGGAAUAGGUCAAAGUGAACAUGUAACUGUGAAUAAUGUAAAGUCAUUGCUCAUGAUCUCACUGCACACUGCCAGUUCACAAUAAUCACACAAAAAGUGUACCAACCUUCACCGGUUUAUCAGAACUAGGGACAUUGUUUGAAAACAUGGAGAGCCUAUUGCCAUCAGUACUCUGGUUUUUACCCCAUUGCAUUGACCUGUUUAUACUUCUAUUGGGAUAUUGGGCCUCAUCUUCUCGCUUCCUGUGAAAUUGUACCAUUAUUGUUGAUGUGGAAGUGGGAAUCCACCUACUGCACUUCUUAUUUCACAUUAUUGGUAUUUACUAAGACAUAAGGCAUGGUGGGUAUCAACCCAUGAUGAUGUAUCAAAUACUGCCAUUUCAGAAGAUCCAUUUAUGUCUAUAUUAUAUUUUGCUACUAGAAACUACUUUACUACUGUAGAAUUGGUUUAUUUGGAGCAUAACCAGUGAUCAUACAUUAUGUGAAUA